AUGCAAGACACUGAUCCCAGGGGGAGUUCCCCCGCUUUUCUUCAGCCUCAAAGUGGGAGCAGUCACAGGUCAUCUGGGUAUGUUCCAGGGAGGAUUGCCCCUCUUCGCCCCCCACCGCCUUCACAGAGCCACACUUCAGCCGAAUUUACCUCCGCCAGACAAGAAGCCCGGACAACCUUUGCGUCCUUGCCAGUGGAGCAGCGCCACCACCAGGCAGAAGCCAACCAACAUAAAAAUACUCUCAUUUGCUUUGCCGUUUCUAGCUUUUCACUUUUUGUUGCAUUGGGGAUUUUUUGGGGAAUAGCUUCAAAAUAUGCUCCAGAUGAGAAUUGUCCCGAUCAGAAUCCUCAUCUUAAAAACUGGAGCCCUGGACAAGAUCCUGAAAAGAGAAUUUUUAUCAAAAAGGGGGAUUUGUUUCGUCUGGAUUCAGAUGCUACAGUACACUCUAUAGUUAUACAGGAUGGAGGGUUGCUUGUUUUUGGUGAUGAUAAAGAUGGUUCUAAAAAUAUUACUUUGAGAACACGUUUUAUCCUGAUAAAGGAUGGUGGAAUGCUUCAUAUUGGAGCAGAGAAAUGCCGCUAUAAAUCCAAAGCAACUAUUGUUUUGUAUGGGAAGUCAAAUGAAGAUGCUGAUGUACCAGAAUUUGGCAAAAAAUUUAUUGGUGUGGGCCCUGAAGGGACGCUGGAAUUGCAUGGGCACCAGAAGGUAUCAUGGACUCUUCUGUCAAAGACUAUAUAUUUCUCAGGGCUGGCCUAUGGUCAUUAUACAUUUAAAAAGAAUUUUUCCCGAGGACUAAAUGUGAGAGUGAUCGAUCAGGACACCGCAGAGGUUUUGGAAGUAUUAAAGUUUGAUACUCAUCAGUUUUCAGAAGAAAGCUUGAAACUUCAGAGCUUACUAAAAAAAGGAAGUCCUGGUCGCAUUGUUGCUAUUGCUGUAGGAGAUUCAGCUGCUAAAAAUCUACUGGAGGAAACUAGAUUGACUAUUCAGAAUCUUCUGGGAAGCAAGUUUGUCAGAGGAUUGAGUUACAGGCAAGCCUGGGCUUUAGUUGGUGUUAUAGGUGGUGGAAAUUCUUCCUGUAAUGAAUCAGUGAGAGACUAUGAAAAUCACAGCACCGCUGGGAAAGCUCUUGCUCAGAAAGAAUUUUUCACAGUGGAUGGCCAGAAGUUUGUUGUGAGAGCAUACAGCGAGUGGAACGAUGGUGUCCCAAUUUCGGGCUUCCAGGUGGAAGCUGUGGGUGGAGUGAUACUGAAUCUUCUGGAUGAUGUCAGUAGUUGGGAGCCUGGAGACCGGAUUGUAGUUGCAAGCACAGACUAUUCAAUGUAUCAAACAGAGGAAUUUACUCUCCUUCCCUGCCCAGAGUGUAGCAAACAUCAGGUCAAAGUCAAAGAAAAUCCUCAAUUUCCUCAUGUGGGAGAGGUUAUUGAUGGAGUGGACAUGAGAGCAGAAGUUGGAGUCCUUACAAGGAACAUCUUAAUCAAGGGAAAGACAGAAAAUACAUGCUAUCGUGAAAAGGAGUGUCAGUUUUUCAGUUAUGAUACGUUUGGUGGACAUAUCAAGAUUCUGAAGAAUUUUACAUCUGUUCAUCUCUCCUAUGUGGAGCUGAAGCAAAUGGGGCAGCAGCAGAUUGGAAGUUACCCUGUUCACUUUCACCUAUGCGGGGAUGUGGAUGAAAAAGGAAGUUAUAGUUUUAAGACUUAUCUGGAAGGUCUUUCCAUUCAUCACUGUUUCUCCAGAUGUGUGACUGUUCAUGCAACUAAUGGCUUGCUGAUAAAGGACACCAUUGGCUAUGACACACUAGGUCACUGUUUCUUCAUAGAAGAUGGCAUUGAACAGAGGAAUACUCUGUUCCACAACCUUGGACUAGUCACCAAACCAGGCACUCUUCUUCCUACAGAUAGAAACAGCACCAUGUGUAUUGGCAUUAGGGAUAAAGUGUAUGGAAGUUAUGUCCCAGUGCCAGCCACAGACUGCAUGGCGGUUUCAACAUUCUGGAUUUCUCAUCCCAACAAUCAUCUCAUAAAUAAUGCAGCUGCAGGUUCACAGGACACUGGAAUAUGGUAUUUGUUUCACAAGAUUGCUAUGGCAGAUUCUUAUGGUUCAGCCAUUGAAACUAAGUCAGAGCUUACACCUUUAGGAAUUUUCUAUAACAACAGGGUUCACUCCAAUUUUAAGGCUGGUUUGUUCAUUGAUAAGGGUGUUAAAACAACUAAUGCUAGUGUUGAUGAUCCCAGAGAAUACCUUUGUUUGGACAACAAUGCAAGGUUUCGUCCUCAUGAAGAUGCAGACCCUGAAAAGCCCCGAGUUGCUGCCCUGAUUGACAGAUUGAUCUCUUUCAAAAACAAUGAUCACGGGGCCUGGGUUAGGGGAGGGGAUAUCCUUGUUCACGACUCUGGGUUUGCAGACAAUGGAAUAGGUUUGACAUUUGCUAGUGAUGGGAGCUUCCCAAAUGAUGAAGGUGCCAGCCAGGAGGUAUCUGAGUCUCUGUUUGUAGGUGAGAGCAAGAAUUAUGGGUUUCCAGGUGGCCAAAAUAAAUAUGGGGGAACUGGAGGAAUAGACAAUAAAGCACGCACUCUGCCUAGAAAUCGGACGUUUCCAAUCAGAGGUUUUCAAAUUUAUGAUGGACCUAUUCAUCUUACCAAAUGCACAUUCAAAAACUUUGUGCCAACUCCAGACAGAUUUACCAGUGCAGUUGGUUUCUUGAUGAAGAACAUAUGGCAGAUGACACCUAAAAACAACAUUUCUCUUGUGAAGUUCAGUUCAAAUGUUUUUCUGAAAGUCUUCUUCGGAAAACCAGGUCCCUGGUUUGAAGAUGGAGAUCUGGAUGGUGACAAGACCUCAAUAUUCCAUGAUCUAGACGGUUCAGUGACUGACUACAAGGAUACCUACGUUGGCAGAAUGGAUAACUACCUGAUUCAGCACCCCAAAUGCAUUAGCAAUACAGAAUGGAAUGGAGUGAUUUGCAGUGGAGCGUAUGCUCAGGUUUACAUCCAAACAUGGAAUGGGCAGAACCUUUCCAUGACCAUCGUACGAGAUGAAUACCCAUCCAAUCCCAUGGUUCUGCGAGGUAUUAAUCAGAGAGCCGUCUUUCAACAGUACCAGCCAGUAGUGAUGCUUCAAAAGGGCUACACAAUACAUUGGAAUGGAAAAGUUCCAAAUGUCACUUAUCUUUAUCUCAUUAACUUCAACAAGAAUGACUGGAUUCGUGUUGGUCUCUGUUAUCAACCAAAUACAAAUUUUGUUAUAGUAUUGGAAACCUUUCAAAGGCAGUCAUCUGCUCUGUCGAGCAAGAUAGAGCGUUAUACACCUGUAUCUUCAAUGCUGGAACUUGAAAAGAAUCGAUCAGACAAGAAGUUUUAUUUUGACAACAGUACUGGAUUACUGUUUUUAUUUCUUCAAGCCAAAUAUAAUAGGGAUGGUCACAGUUAUUGCUCAUCUCAGGGAUGUGAAAGGAUCAAGAUUGUGACCAAAGAUUCAGCAAAAGGGAUCAGCAACUGCAUGGCAAAGGCUUAUCCAAAGUACUACCAAGGGCCAACUGUCAUAAAGCAAAUGCCAGUAAAAACUUCUGUACCAUGCACAAAGUGUGGCACAACUCAGAUGGUAUUCACCAGUGAUCCUCACAAAAACUACCUCCUUGUGCAGAUCAAUUCUCCUGGUAAAAAAGAGUUGAGCAGAGGUCAGCAAGCAUUUAUUUCUGUCAAUGGCACUAUGUUUUCCCUCAAGGAUAAUGGUAUACUUAUUGUUGUAGUUGAUGCCUGCAUUGGCACAGUGUCAGAAAAUAAAUUAUUUUCUGAAGUAGACAUUAAGCAUGUAGAUGGAUAUUUAAAAACUGGAAUUCCACAAAGGUCUAUAGUUCUGCUGAGCACAAGAGGUGAUAUAGACAGUCCUAAUAUAUCAGAAGCCUUAAUGUCCCUGGGGACAGCCAAACUGCCUUACCUUCAGAGCAAUGGAAGCAUGGCCUUUCUAGGCUUCAAAGGAAACUUUAAGCCAUCCUGGAUUAAACUGUUUACUGGUCCUGCUGGGCAAGGGCUAGUUCAGAUAGAAAAGUAUAUCCCUUUACAACUGGAAGAGUAUGGCUGUGCCAGAGCUAUCAAAAGCCGACGGAAAGACCUGGAGCUUCUAAAGAAGGCUACAAGAUCUCAUUAAAGACCAAGAUGUACAUAAAUGCUGGGAGGAAAAAAAUGUGAAGUAACUUAUUCUUAAUUUAUGGCAUUUUAAACUAUAUUGUUAUCCAAGUAAAUCACAUUAUUGUUUGACAGACGUUUACCAACAUUGACCACUUGA